AUGUCACUUCAACCAAUUUACCAGCGGCAGCCAGCCCACCUCAUCGAUUACACUCAACUUGGACCUCGCCAUGAUUUGAUAACCGCAUUGACAAAGCACGUGGUGCCGUAUAAUCCGGUGUACGCUCGCAAAGUACUCCAGCGGUACCUAGAUCAGGCCCCUACUGAUGACGACAAUAAUGACGACGAAGACGAUGUUGACGGGGCCUACGAGUUGCUUGGCGAGCUUCUUGCUACUGGAGGUCCUGAAAGACAAGAUGAGGAUGUGUUAGGUUACAUUGUGGGUCCCACCACGGUGUGGCUUAGGGAGAAUCCCCAUAUCAUUAGUGGUCAGGCCACCACUGGGCUCCGCACGUGGGAGGCAGCGGUAUACCUCACCCACUACCUUUGGAACCAUCAAGAUAAUAUUCAGGAACGUGGCGUGCUUGAAUUGGGAGCAGGUACAGGGCUAGUAGGUCUUGCCAUCGCGAAAUGGGGGGUGGCAGGUGACGUCUAUAUCAGUGAUGGUACAUCGUCACUCAUUGACCGGAUGGGAGAGAGUAUGGCGUUAAACCAACUAAAACCCGAUCACAUCCAUUUCCAACGGCUAUGGUGGGGUGAAGACGAAUGUGCCGAAACCGUCGAUACCAUUGUUGGUGCCGAUAUCACCUACGACGCUCUGGUAGUGCCGGCACUAGUACACACGAUUCGCCACGAAUUUUCUCGAGGAGCUACGGUGGCAUACAUCGCUGCUACGAUUCGAAACCAGGAGACAAUUGCGGUGUGGAAUGAACUUACGCCGACAGAAUUUACCGUCGAAGUGGUGAGCCGAAGUCCGGAUCCGCACCACGAGGUGGCAGGGUUUUGGUACCCUCCGGGCACUCCCGAGAUCCUCAUUUAUAAACUCACACCCAAGUAG